AUGCCGCCGGGACGCAGUUUUGCAAAAAAGUGGCGAAAAUUGAGCGGCGAAGAUAAAUGGAACUCGCUUUUAAGACCUCUGGAUAUCGACCUAAGGCGUUACCUCAUUCAUUACGGCGAAAGGGUUCAGGCCAACUACGAUACGUUUGUUGUGGACCGCAAGUCCAGAUACACGGGUGCGAGCAAAUUCUCGAAAAAACAAAUGUUUUCAGAAGUCGGCAUCGAUAAGGGCAACCCGAUAAAGUACAGGAUCGUCAAGUACAUUUACGCCACGUCUACGUCUCCCGAUUCUCCUCAGUCGUACAUUUUGAAAUCUCUUGUGAAGGAUCCGUGGUUGGGGCAGUCGAAUUGGAUGGGGUACGUUGCUGUGUCUACAGACCGAGGGAAGCGUUUGUUAGGGCGGAGAGAUAUCUUGGUUUCGUGGCGAGGGACGAUACAGAUAGCGGAAUGGGUCGAGAAUUUUGAUUUCCCAUUGGUGUCGGCAUCGAAGGUGUUUAAGCAAUCAAUAUGUGCUCAAGUGCAUUCAGGGUAUCUUUCGAUAUAUACAUCCAGUAAUUCUCGAUCUCGUUUCAACAAAACCAGUGCUCGAGACCAGGUUUUGUCGAUGGUCCGACAGCUAGUCGAAAAAUACAAGGACGAAGAAACGAGCAUAACAGUAGUCGGCCACAGUCUAGGUGGGGCGCUAGCGACACUAAGUGGCGGCGACAUAGCAAUCAACGGCUACAACGAGACCAAAUCUCGACCCAAAAAAACGAUUCCUGUCACAGUUUUCGCAUAUGGAAACCCGUUCCUCGGCAACAUAUGUCUUCGUGAACUCCUGCACAAGAAAGAAAAGCUUAAUAUCCUACGAGUUGUGAAUGUAAUCGACUACAUACCACUUUUACCCCCAUUCGUGGGGUACAUACAUAUUGGUCAAGAAUUAUGGGUUGAUACCCGAAAGUCAAAGUACUUGAAACCUACCGAAAGCUAUGCCAAACGGCAUAAUAUGGAGGCCGCAUAUUUGCAUGCUCUUGCGGGCUCACACGGUAUUGAGGCCGAGUUCCGAUUGGAAGUCGAUCGUGAUCUUGCACUCGUGAAUAAGCGUUCCAAUUUGUUGAAGGAAGAGUAUAUGAUACCUCAACACUGGUGGGUUCAGGAAAAUAAAGGGAUGAUUCAAAUGCCCAACGGAUCUUGGAAGUUACAUGAGCUUAAGGGUUAUCCUAAACGCGAAGACGAAGACGAAGACGAGGACGACAUCGAGAACGAAGACGAGGACGACAUCGAGAACAAAAGUGAGGACGAGAUCGAGAACGAAGAUGAGGACGAGAUCGAGAACGAAGAUGAGGACGAGAUCGAGAACGAAGAUGAGGACGAGAUCGAGAACGAAGAUGAGGACCAGAUGAAGAAGGAAGACGAAGAUGAGGACGAGAAUGAGAACAAAGACGAGGACGAGGACGAGGACGAGAAUGAAGAUGGGGCCCAUGUCUCCCAAAGCACGUUGGAUGGCCAAAACGAAAAGAAGUAA